GCGUCGCAAGUUUUAUUCUGGGUGUUUACCACGAUGGCGACUCGCAUCUUUGCCCGGUGUCUCCGCUCACUGCAGAAUUCAACAACCUCGCUACACGGUUCUUCCGCUGUAAGAAUCGCAGCGACAACCGUCGGUAGUCAAAGGCUAUUCUCCCAACUUUGCAGCGGCCAAGAAACGUGUUUGACACAGGUUCCCCGCCUAACGUUGUCCGUCCAGCGGCAGUAUGGAGACCUACCCCCGCUCACCCUCGACACCAUCCUUGACCGGGUCAUCUACGUUCUCAAACUGUACGACAAGAUCAACCCUGAGAAGCUGCAAGCGUCGUCUCACUUCCUGAAGGACCUGGGUCUGGACAGUCUUGACCAGGUGGAGAUCAUCAUGGCCAUGGAGGAUGAGUUUGGCUUCGAGAUCCCUGACAGUGAGGCAGAGAAGCUGAUGUGUCCUCAGGACAUAGUUCACUACAUCGCUGACAAGAAGGAUGUUUACCUGUGAGGAGACAGGCAGACACUACUCCUACAAGCCAGCCUCAACAUCUGUACACACACACACACACACUAUUCACCAUCCACACACACACUAUCCACCAUCCACACACACACUAUCCACACCUUCUCACCAUCGACACAUUUCUUAGAAGAUAAAAAGCUUUAUUCCUAGUUCCUAGAAUCUACUCCUGUGAGAGAAAGUAAAUGUCUGUAUAUAAGAUGUUACAAGGUUUGUUGACUUAAGCUUUUAGAGAUAUGAAGUGUUUGUACAGGUAGCGUCUCAAGUCUCCACGCCUGGAUGUGAUUGUGUUUUUGUCACCAUCUAGUGGUGACACAGGGUAGUUGCAGCCCAAAGUUUGUUUUCUGCAGAAAACCCAGUAGAUGAUGACAGACAGCUAAGUUAGUAAACAUGCCUUGCUGUCUGACAAUCUUACUAGACUGUCCUCAUCCCCAGCUUCCUGUCUUCCUGAAUCUCACCCUUCUCUCUUCAAGCAGAAACCAAACGCCAGUAUACAUAUAAUGUUCGUUUUUUUCCUGUCGCCUUUCAGUGAUUAAAAUAAAGUCAUUAAGUGCUUCUCGUU